CCCGCCCCCGAGGAGCGCCGCGCGCUGCGGAAGGGCGCGCGGAGGCGGAAGGUGGCGAGGCGGGGCGCCGCCGCAGGAAACCUCCGAGCGGUGCCGGUGUUCGGCGGCCAUGGUGCGGCUUUACGACUUGCACCCGUUCGGGUCGCAGAGAGUAGUGCCCUGCAAGCAGGAGCCGGCGCAGUUCUGCCGCGGCCGCGACGUGCUGUUCGUGGCCAGCGCGGCGGCCAGCUGCGGGGUGGAGGUGUUCGCCGUACGCCGCGAGGGCCGCUGCGAGCCCUUGGGCUCCUUCGCCACCCUGGGCCCCGUGCUGCGCAUGGCGCACAGCCGUGCAGGAGACUAUUUGGUGACGAUUGAAGAGAAAAGGAAAGCAACUUUCCUAAGAGCUUAUGUGAACUGGCGAUGCAUGUCUGCAGGCAGUUCUCGUGUUUGUGUCCGGAUGGUGGGUCACAAGAUGGAGGAGUCGUACACCAAAACCUUAAAAGAGCAGAUGUCGAUAGUGGAAAUGGCACUUUCAGAUCCUCCGCUGUGUAUUUCAUGUUGUCCUGUACAUGGAGAUCUUCUUGUGGGCUGCAGGAAUAAGCUAGUCAUGUUCUGUUUGAAAUACCUGGUCAUAAACCAGAAUUUGACAGUAUUAGACUUUGAACGCUCCUUGAUUUUACACACUGAUAACUUCAUUCCUGCCGAAGUUGCGUUUUGCGCUUGGCACAUAGCGAUAACAACAGAGUUGGAUGUUCUAAUCCUGAAACUGGACCUGGUCCAGCAUAGUGCAGACAGGGGAGAGCAAUGCGCAUAUCAAGUUAGUACAACAGAAAAGCUGGUGGAUGGAGGUAUAAAAGAUGAAGACCUUGCAGCUCAUAGUUUGCAGCUUGAAUUAGAUGAGUUUGUCAUAUGUCAGAAGCCAGUGGAACUGCUUGGGGAAGAAAGUAAGCUUUGUAAGAUACCCAUCACACUUGAGUCCACAGAGUUGUCUGCAGAAGGCAAGAAGCACUUUCAAGUGCAGUAUCUCCUUUUCAGGCGUUUUACACCAGACCAGUCCCCUUUUGGCUUUUGUGAAGAGACGAAGCUGCACUCUGUUCAGUUCCUCCCUGUUUACCAGAAAGCGUUUGGUUCAAGUACUGAAGCGGUGCAUUUUCUGGGAAGCACAAAGCCAUGGAACUAUACGUAUGACUCCAGAACAAAAAGUGUAGAAGGCAAUAUCAAUGACCCUAAAAUUGUUCACCCAGAAUUCCUCAACAUGUGGUGGGACACCUAUACAGUUAAUAUUUUACCCUUACUAGAACAGAAAGAAGUUGAUGAAGAAAAUACCACAAGUGCAAACCUGGCAGAGGUUACAGAGGCAGUGUCCCAUAUGUCGGUAUCGGCACCACCACCACCAGUAUUACCAACCAUAUCUUCAGAAGAACGCAAGGCUCGGUGGGAACAAGGCCAAGCUGACUGUAUGGGAGUGGAUUCUUUUGAUAACAUCAAGAAGAAACUGGACUCCUACCUUCAGUCGAAGUGCCAUUUUCAAACACUGGCACUACAAGGACUUGUUCCAGAACUAACAGCUAGGAAAGGCUGUAGAUGAUGGACAAUUAUGCUUGCGAGUAGCUUGAUGGAAAAAAUUCUUGGCUGAAGGCCUCUGCAGUGCUACAGAUAAAGACAGUGCUACAGGUAAAGCAAGAGCUAGGAAGCAGAAUUCAUUUUCCUUAUGUUGUGAUCAGCUGGCUCAAUGUAUUCAUUGAAACUGGGUUUGCACCUUAGCUCAUUAAGGUGAUUAGCAGUGACUCCUUUGCUUGCUAUUUUAGGUCUCAAAUGUGAUUUGUGAGAUUGCUCAUACACUAAAUGAUUGCCAUUCUGCUUUACCAUUAGUGAGAGAUAACAGUAAUAGCACUGCUUUGAUCUUCUAGUCCCAAUUGCACUGUUUUGACCAGGUUUUUACACAUAGUGCCUACAGCAUGGCAGAAUGCAUUUGUUCAGUUCUGUAUUCUUCAGGCUUAGUAAACGGAGUUUUUCUGUUACUUGAAAUCUUCAUGCAAAAAUAAAAACUUGUCAUGCUUU